AUGUCAACGUAUGAUGUGAGUUUGGUAUCAUGUGUGGCUUAUAAUCUCGUUGUCAACUACGAAAUUGAGGAACACAAUACUCUUAUGUCUGCGAAAAGUCGAGGAAUGCUGGCAAAGAAAUCAAAUCAUAAAACGUCUUUACACUUGUUUCAUUUAGUAACACCAGCAGUAACGAUAGUUAAAAUGACGGACCAGAAAGCAUUGGAACUUAUGUUUCAACGUCCAUUGGAACCUAUCUUCACUUCCAGGGAUAAUGGUAAAGCUGCGUUUGAUGUACCUGAUAGCUACUAUACGGAUCGCUAUCAAAGUGCUAGAGAUGAAGUGCAAUUAGAUCGAUUUGGUGAUGAUGUUGAAACUAAAAUUCCUCUAAGAGAAUUGGCAAAGAAGCCAAAUUUAGAUUUCACUAAGAAGCUUGGAAAACGCCAACAAUUUUCUCUGUUUAAUGACAAGCAUAAGGAAAUUGCUGGUAAACUUAUAAAAAUAUUCCUAGAUGCACCAGAUGUAGCCAGUUUAAUUCCACUUUGUGCUUACGUCAAGGAUCGCGUUAAUCCAGUACUCUUUCAAUAUUGUUACUCAGUGGCUAUACAACACCGACGGGAUACACGGGAAGUACAAGUACCACCAAUCGCUGAAACUUUCCCAGCUAAUUUUGUAGAACCGGCUGCAUUUUUAGAUGCCCGCGCUGAAGGUUCUCUUAUUGGCAAUGCUGGUUCCAGGGUACACAUCGAAAUUCCACAAAACUAUACAGCUUCGGAUCGUGAAGAUGAGCAACGUUUAGCUUUCUUCCGUGAAGACAUUGGCGUUAAUAUGCAUCACUGGCAUUGGCAUUUAGUAUAUCCUACUGAAGGUCCACGUGAAGUCGUUGCAAAAGAUCGUCGUGGUGAACUUUUCUAUUACAUGCAUCAUCAACUGUUGGCACGUUACAAUGUCGAACGUUUCGGUGCUAGUUUAGCAAAAAUCAAACCUCUUAGCAAUUUACGUGAUCCGAUAACCGAAGGAUAUUUUCCUAAAAUUUUGAGUUCCGUUAAUAACCGAACAUAUCCUGGUCGUAUAUCUAAUCAAAAAUUGACUGAUGUUAACCGCGAAGAUAAUAAUAUUGAGAUUUCCGAAGUUGAACGUUGGAGGGAUCGUAUUUUCGCUGCAAUUGACCAAGGCGUUGUUUUUGAUUCUACUGGAGCAAAUAUUCCACUUGACGAUGUACGUGGUGUUGAUAUACUUGGUGAUUUAAUUGAACUUAGCUGCGGUAGCACAAAAGGCCUAUAG